AUGUAUGCUUAUUACAAUACAGUUCGAGCAAAAAAAUUUCCGGAAUCCACGUGGACGAGAGAAGCCAUUGUGGAAAAUAUCGCAGAAGCCGGGACUUUCGAGCGUGGACUUGAAAAGUUAAAAGCAUACGAAAAUGAGUCAGAUUUAGAUACAGAUUUAGAGUCAAAACAAAAGAGGAAAACUAAGAAAGCAAGAAACCUUGAUAAUCUCGCUGGAAGAUCGACGGGAGAACCUCCAAGAAAAGUAUUUAAAUGUUCUUUAAAUGUUAAGAAAACAACACCUAUCUUGCCGAAACCUCCUCUUAGACUAACAACUAAAGAUAAUGCUCAUGAAAAAGAGUCAAUUUUAAAAUCUUCUACGCAAUCGAGACCAACUAGUAUUAAUUCCCCUAAGAAAAAUAAUAUUCCAAAUUUGUCAUCAGAAAAAAAUCAGAGCGCUGUUAGUACUUCGAAGUUCACAUCUGCUACAUUGCAACACAACGAUUAUUCGUUAAACACACAAUUUAAAAAUGUGUACGGUCUAUCCAAACGAAUUGGUUCAGAUACGAAUAAUAAUUCUCCAAAAAGUACUAUAACAUCUCCAGUUUCAGCUGUGAAACUAAAUGAAGUUCAUUCUAAAGAUGUUAAUAAAAGUUCUUGGUCUGAUGAACACAUGUUCCGGAGAAAUAUUUCCAAGUAUUUAAAUGACAUUAAAUUAAUGUUAAAUAUUCAAGACGAAAAAAUUAAUGAAAUACUGGAGAAGCAAGCAGAAAAUAACAUUCUUCAAGCGAGAUUUUUAGAGUGUCAACCAGAAUCCACUCAAAAACACGUUAAAAAAGAUAGGACAAAUCAGUUUCGCUCACAAUUACCAGUUAAAUCGUUGGAUGUUUUGCAAAAUAUCGAGGACAGUCUUACAUUGGCAGAUUUCAGAAAUGAUAUGGUUUCAUUGUUUAGUGGUUUUGGAGGUAGACAUGUUAAAGAAACUACAUACACAAUCAUGAAAAUGGCUUUUACCAACUCAAUCGGGAGUUUAUUUAAUUGGUCCGGGCAAAAAGAGAAGUUAAACUUCUCUGGUCUACAAUUAACUAGUGUGAUAUUAGAAACUGUUCGGCAAGUAUGUAAAGUCAAGGAAAUUGAGGUAAUAGAUGCUAUAAAAGAUUGGCUUCGUCACGCCCCUGCUAGACAGCUUCGAGAAUUAAACAAAAAUAAUUCUGCUGUUGAUGGUGAGCAAGAGCUUGCUCAUGAAUCUGAAGACGGUCUCUCCAUUCAUUCGAAUGAAACAGAAGAUGAUAACAACGAUUACUACACCCAGGAUGAAAUGGAUAUCUCUCAAGGGACUAAUCCUGACCAAAAUUCUUUGACUGAGCGUAAAUCCGACACAACAUUUGAUGACACAGAAGUAUAA